AUGCCUGUCGUAUCAGAUGCUGAGCCCAGCCUGCAUCUGUGCCGUGCCCACGUGCCGUACAAGGGCACCAUAUUCUUCAGAUCGCCGCCGUUUUCUGACCUGAGCAACAGCUCGUACUUCAUCCGUAGAGAGCAAGAAAUGAAGAGCAAAUUCUUGGAACGCAGCAUCCCGCUGGACUCGGUCUCGAUCCAUGAUUCAAUUUUUAAUGCGCACAACAACUUGCAGAUGAGCCUGGAGUUGUUUCCAAGUGGCAAGACCCGGUUCAGUGAACAAGACGUUUCUGACAUCGGGUUCAUGCUGAGCAACCAGACGUAUAAACCAACCGGCUAUGGCCCAUAUUUUUUCAUUGGACAGGCGUACACUUUUGCCAAUGGUGAGAUCAUUCAUCUACACGGGGCGCGCAUGUUCACGUUCAAUGAGCUGAAGAAGAUCACCAGCAACUUCUCUGAGACGAACGACAUCGGGACCGGAAGCUACGGGAAGGUUUACAGAGGGAUGCUCCCGGGAGGGCAGCUGGUGGCCGUGAAGAGAUCCCAGCAGGGGUCCCUGCAGGGGAGCCUGGAGUUCAGGACGGAGAUCGAGCUCCUCUCCAGGGUUCACCACAAGAACGUCGUCACCCUCGUCGGCUUCUGCGUGGACCAGGGCGAGCAGAUGCUGGUGUACGAGUACGUGCCCAACGGCACGCUCAGGGAGAGCCUUAGCAGGAAGCGACAUUUCCGAUCCGCUGAGCGGCUAGCGUAUGCACUGCAGGCAAGUCCGGCGUGCGCCUGGACUGGCGACGGCGGCUUCGGGUGGUGCUCGGCGCGGCGAAGGGCAUCGCCUACCUGCACGAGCUCGCCGACCCUCCGCCUCCGGUCGUGCACCGCGACAUCAAGUCCAGCAACGUCCUCCUCGACGACCGGCUCAACGGUCAACGCCAAGGUCUCCGACUUCGGCCUCUCAAAGCCGCUGGGACUGGACGGCAGGGGCCAAGUCACCACUCAAGGUUACCUGGACCCCGAGUACUACACGACGCAGCACCUGUCGGAGAAGAGCAACGUGUACAGCUUCGGCGUGCUGAUGCUGGAGAUCAUCACGGCGCGCGGAAGCCGCUGGAACACGGCCGGAGGCCGGCGCCGACCGCCCGUGUCCAUGGGCGAGGUGGUCAGCGAGAUCGAGCGCAUCAUAAAGGCUGCCGGCGUUGGCACCGGCGCCGAGCCGCCGACCCGGUGUCCGGCUCCUUGA